AUAUAUUUAAAUAUAUUUAUAAUUUGUAAUGUUUGCAAUUUAUUUACAAAUGUAAUUUUUAUACGUGUAGGAAAGUCUGCACACAUGAAUCACGCAAAUAAUAGAAGACUGUAAGCCGCGAUCAAAGUUGUUUUGAGAAUUACAUUCACGGCACACUGUUUUUUUUAGUAAAAAAUCACUUGAGAUCACGUAUUACAAGGAUAAUAAUAAAUUAUCCUUGCGAUACCUAAUCUAAUGUGAUGUCAUUCUGAUGUAAGGCGUCCUUGGCACUCACAGUGCCGUCUCUAAUCUGUCCCUGUUAAGCCACACUGGUUCUUUAAACUUUAUCUUUAUGGCUUAUAAACUUUAUAAUUAUUUUUUUUUUUGUAUUUUUUUCAUGAUGCGUUUUUUGUCUCUUCUAGUACAAUAAAAAUUCACUGACAGCUGUGCGGCAGAUGAACGGAUCUCCACCGCUAACAUUGACCUCGACACGCGUACGCAAAUAUGCAGAUAGACAUUUAUGUAUAUAUACGUAAAUAUCAAAGUCUAGUUCUAAAUAUAACUCGCCAACCAAAGUUGCGCUGACUUACAUUUUACAGCAGCAAACCAGAGUAUUCUGAAUGGAUAUAUCUUCGUGUGUAAACGUCUGUCCUAUAUUUUCUUUCUACGCAAUGACGCUCACUUUACGUAAAGGAGAGCAUGAUGCAUUCAUACACGAAUUUAUUUGCAGAUCAGGUGGUGUACGUCCAGGGUGCUGCAGCGACACCCGUUGAAUUAUUGAGAGCGAUGACCGAUUAUGGAGUCCGUUGUGAUGUGAGAAAUGUCCGUUUAUAUCACAUGCAUAUGGAGGGAGCAGCUCCAUUCGCUAAGCCAGAAAACGCAAAGCACUUUAGAUCCAUCAGCUUGUUCAUCGGUGGCAACGUGCGACCAGCGGUGAACGCGGGCACUGCAGACUGUAUUCCCAUUUUUCUACAUGAGAUUCCGCGUCUCUUCAAAGAGGGCUAUCUAAAGCCCGACAUCGCGCUCAUACAUGUGUCUCCACCAGACGAGAAGGGUUAUUGCUCUUUCGGCACCAGUGUAGACUGCGCCCGGUCCGCCGUGAGUCAUUCCAAACGUGUCGUAGCCUUAGUCAAUAAGCACAUGCCUAGGACCUUCGGUGAUGCUCUCAUUCAUGAAAGCCACUUGGAUUUUGCUGUGGAACAUCACCAACCGCUACCGAUUCAUCCGGUGAAGGCGCCAUCCAAGGGUGAGCAGCUAAUCGGCAAGCACAUCGCCGAGAAUCUGGUAGUGGACGGUGCUACGUUGCAACUGGGUAUCGGCAGCAUACCCGACGCCGUACUGUCACAGUUGGGUAAUCACAAGGAUCUGGGUAUCCACAGCGAAAUGUUCAGUGAUGGUGUGGUGGAUCUUGUGAACAAGGGUUGCAUCACGAACAAUCAGAAAACGAUGCAUCGAGGUCGAAUUGUCGGCUCAUUCUGCGUGGGCUCGGAAAAGCUCUACGAAUUCAUGGAUAAUAAUCCCUUUAUUGAGAUGCUGGUGGUAGAUUACGUUAAUGAUCCUAGAAUAGUCGCUAAGCAACCAAAGAUGACUGCCAUCAAUUCGUGUAUCGAAGUGGACAUCACCGGUCAGAUCUGUUCGGACAGUAUAGGAACGAGAAUGUACUCUGGUUUCGGUGGACAACUAGAUUUUAUCACUGGUGCCGCGAUGAGUGAAGAUCGGCAAGGAAAACCAAUCAUAGCGUUUCAAUCAGUUACGUCUAAGGGCCAUAGCAAAAUACAGCCGGUUCUAACAUCUGGUGCCGGAGUAGUCACCAACAGAGCAGUGGUACGAUAUGUCGUGACAGAGCAGGGAAUCGCUAGUUUAUUUGGCAAGAGUCUUCAGCAACGUGCGUACGCGUUGAUCCAAGUGGCUCAUCCCGAUCACAGAGAAUCGCUCGAGAAGUCUGCGUUUGAACGCCUAAAAAUGAUGCCUGCUCCUUAAGCUGAAGAAAAUACGUGAUAUAGGAAACAUCAUAUUUAAUAGCAUUUUACAAUCGGUCAUCCCCGUGUGCUUUAGCCACGCACAACGGCCAAUCAUCACAGUGUCGCGAAGUGUCUUCUUCUUGUACGAUAUUGUACAUGCUCUCUUGCUAGAAGACAAUUCGCCGGCCUUCUAGAAUAAGGGAGACAGACAGAGUGAAAGAGAAACUUGCACUAGAAAAUUCAAUGCGCUAAAUUGUAUCGUUAUAUAUGUAAGAGUCCGUAAUGCAAUAUUACACUCGUUUCCAUAUACAUAGAUAUUAAUUUAAGCCACAUGUAUUUUAUAUCAUGAAAAGAAACGUGUCUUAGAACACGAUUCGAACAGAAAAUGACGCGACUCGGCGCCAUUCCUAGAUGUACAUUUUUUAUAUUAAAUCUGUCAAUGUUCCUUUGUAUAAUUUUCUGUGUUGCCAUUGUAAUUACAAAGUUUGAAAUAAUAAUAGCAGACAGAAAUAUAUAAGAUGAGGACGC